GAUUAUUUCAUUUUGCUCCUGGGCCUAGAAGGGUUUCUUUUCAUCGUUUAAAGAAUUCAGUUGUUAACAUUUAGUACAGCGCUUUGAAAAUGAUGUUUUCACAAUUUACAUUUCUGUGGAUAAUAUUUGCCAUAGUAGAUUCCCAUUCCCUACUGACAGAAAAGAAGGCAGAAGAUGGCAUUAGUGUAAAAAGCGAAAUUGUCAUUAACAAUCUACAGAACCAGAUAAACCAAGAAACGGUGAUAAGGCUUUCAUUGCUGAAACAAGUGUAUUCAUUGGUCAACGAUAUGAUAAACGUGAAAAAUGAAAUGGCAUCCAUGAAAACCAACACAGCAGAAAUAAGAAAAAGUACUGAUGACCUUCGGCAUGAAGAUAAUAAAAUGUUGAAUGAAAUAGCACAGAUGAAACAGGACCAUAACAAUAAAUCUGAAAUCAUAAUUAAUGAGCAGAAUGAGCAUGACAAAAUGUUGAGUGAAUUAAAACAGAAGAUGAAAAUUAACCAAAACGACACAUCGGAAAGGAUGAUAAACUACAAGCGUGAAUAUGAAAUUUUUUUUAGUGAAAUAGAACAGAAGAUGAAAUUUGACCAUAAGGACACAUCUGAAAGGAUAGCGAAGGCACAGCUUGAAUAUAAAACGAUGUUUAAAAAAUUCGAACAGAACAUGAAAUCUAAUCAAGAUGACACAUCUGAAAGAAUAGUAAACAUAAAGAAAGACUUACUUAACGUUAAUAAUUCUGUGGGACUUCUCCAUAAUUAUACUGACAAAAUCAAUUCUAAGUACGGCAUCCAAGAAAAGACCGUGAGGGAUUUAGUAUCUGAGCUUGAGAAGAUUCGGGGUAGACUGGGUGUCCUGCACAAUGAGAGUGAAAGAAUGCGGUCUGAAACACAACGAAUGUUAGUCAACUACAACGAAACCACACUGAAAAUGAGGGACGACUUACGAAAUAUCACUUCUAUGGUCGACAGCUUGAAUUUAUUUCAAUUUAAAGACUGCUUAGAAUCAAGCCACUGUUGGUUGCUGUAUAGUUUUGACUAUGACAAUAGCUGGAAUGGAUGUGCAGGUGGCCGCCAGUACGUAACGAAGACAAACUAUUCUUCUACACCUUAUCUCGGUGUGAUGACAUGCAGUUCUACAAGGUACAAGCUGUUUCUUAGCAAAAUAUUAACGGGUAAAUACUAUAACAUCGCUGAUGGGGGUGGUACUGGCGAAGAUCACUGUGAACUUUUGGGGACAACACAGAGGGGUAAAUUGCCUGGAGAUUUCGAAAAAUCAGCAAACACACAAGGUUUCUAUCGAAGUUCAAGGGGAGAGAAUUUUUCGUUCGGAGCGAUAGGAUAUAGACCAAGCCAGACCAGUAUGUGGUAUGAAAAGUGGAUCGAGUGUUCCGUCAACAUACCGGGUAACAACAGGGUCAUACCAAUGUAAACUUGACUAGAAUAUUGUCAUACCAAUGUAAACCUGACUAGAAUAUGUCAAUUUUUUAGUGUGAUUUUAAAAAAAGAAACAUAAUUGUGGUUUUAUUUAUUUUAGGCCUGUUAUGAAUAUAAUUCCUGUAAGGCUGUUUCAUGCCUUCAGGAUUUUUUAACAUUAUAGAUAUUUAAAAUUGUUUCUAUUUUCUUUUAAUUUUCUUCGCUAAAUAUACAUCAAUUCUAUAACACAUUUUAAAAAGAUUUAUUACACUCUUUUUUGAAUAUCAUUAGUAAGGAAAUACGCUUGUCAAAGAAUUUGUGUAUCGUAGAACGAAUCAUUUUUUCCUUAUUUUUAUAGAUGUUACAUAUAACCUAUAAAGUAAGAAAUGAAUAAAUGUGCUAUUGAUUUUGAUGUCAAGAAUACUCAUUCAAAAUGCUAUCUAGCACUGAAUUAAAUAUAUAAUAAACAUGUACAGAUAUGUGUUGUAAAUUAUUUACAUUACAUUAAUUGUGCUUUUGAUUUGGGCUUUAUCACUUCACCGGGUGAAUCAAGUAAGCAAUAUUUUCAAUUAUUGGAUUCAUGCUGUUUGUAUUGAUAUUUAUGCCUAAACAAAAUCAUCUUGAACUAAAUUAAAUUACCAUUGACCCAAAUUAAACAUGCAAUAAAGAAGUAAUGUUUCUGAGCAUAAUGUACUUUUUGUCUUUAUGUAUACUAGUAUUUCAUAAAUGGAGUCCUAAUUAUUGGUCAAGUCAUUCUCGAAUCUUAAAAAGACUUGAAAUAAUUUAUAUAUACCAGUGAUGGGGUAAUUGAAUAAAGUAAUUGUAAUUGAGUGUAAUUAAUUACAUUUUUCAAAGUAAUUGCAAGUAAUUUGUAUUUGAGCGACCCUUCAAUUACAAG